GCGAACUCCAUUGCUAGCAAGCCAAGCGGGAGAAGGCGGCGGCACUAUCAAACGCGGCCCAGUGCGGUUUAAGGUAGAAAGUGAAGAAAAAAACGAGUCUGUCGGCGUGCGUGCGUAAGGUUGCAUGCGGCUUCCAGUUGCAGUAUACAGACCGAACAAACCAAUUAGCGGCUGACUCUGUCUCUGAACCGGUCCCCCUCAACCGACCAUGGUUGUCUGCUCUGGAGGACUGGUCAACUUCAUAAAUGGAUGCGCAACCCCGUCACCCUUUGUAACGAAACCUCUUCCUCUCCCCACAAGCUCAAGCAGACGAGUACUCAACGGCACCUCUCAUCGUCGAAAGCCAUGCAUUUCCUCCUCCUCGGCGCCAGUGGGCGGACUGGCCAGCACGUCGUGUCUGAAUUACUCUCUCAGGGUCACACAGCGGUAGCCCUAGUACGUACCUCUGGUAGCCUCACCCCUGGUCCUGGCCUCACCAUCGUCACUGGCUCGCCACUAUCAAAAUCCGACAUACGCAGCGCCCUCCUCGCGGCGCCGCCUCUAUCACCUUCUGCAGCGAUCAUCACAUUGAACACAGUCCGCAAGUCCGACGGCCCUUUCGCGGCUCGGAUCUCGCCUCCUCGCUUCCUGGCCGACUCGUGCGCCAAUGUUUGCGAGGUCCUGGAGCAUGCCGGCGUUUAUCGCGUUGUCGUGAUGUCGACAGCAGGUGUCGGGGAUUCAUGGGGUAACCUACCGUGGUUGAGCAAGGCAUUCUUAACGUGGACCAAUGUCAAGUACGCGCUCGAGGAUCACGGCCUCGUAGACAAGGAGAUCCGGCUGACGAAGAUGGAUUGGACUCUUGUGAGAGCUGUGAGGCUGCAAUUCGACGAUCAAAAGCCGACCGACACGAAGACGGAGGUGAAAACACUGGGCAGUAAGGGCGAUGGAAUGAGCUUGACCGACAGAGUGAGUGUUACUAGUGUGGCGAGCUUCCUGGUUAAGGUUGCGGUUGAAGGACUCUUCGUCCAAAGCGCAGUGGUUGUGGCCAACUGACAUGCCGAGGAAGUCGUGGCCUUUGUUGAUAUCGCUGUGCCAUGCAGGAAAACCUCCGGAACGAAUUUGGUUUUGAUUGUCCUGCGUGUUGCCCAGUUAAUAGGAUCGGAUCCAGACCAAUUUUUCUGAGCUUGGCUCUGUAUACUUCGGAGCUGAGUCUCGAAAUGGACGGCGAUACAAGGCCAGUAAGUCACUUUCCUCCGUUGAAUGUUCCUGCGGGACGCCCUCGAGUUUCGAGCUCCAGGUCGGUCU